AUGAACGAUAAGAACACCCAGGACGAGCGAUCCCAGCUGAUGGUCAUGAGCGGGAUGGGGCUCGAGUUCGCCGGCUCCAUCAUCGGCAUGGGCUUCCUCGGCUGGCUCAUCGACCAGUGGGCGAACACCGGCAAGACGUGGACCAUCGUCUUCGCGGUGAUGGGCAUCAUCGGGGGCGGGUACAACUUUCUGAAACGCGCUCGGACCUACGCCAAGCGCCAGGACGCCAUCUACAGGGCGAAGCACGCCAGGCCGCCCGCCACCGAAAAACCGCCGAAAGAGCGGGAGAUCGCCCUCCCCGUCGGGCGGAUGAUCGGGCGCGCCCUCGUCGCGUUCAGCAUCGUCCUCCUCGUCGGCGGCGGCGUCGCGGUGCUCUUCGGGACCGACGCGGUCAUCGGCGUGGCCAUGGGCGGGGUCGCCUCGCUCGUCGCCUCGAUCGCGGGGCUCCUGAUGAUCGGCCCGACCAAACACCGUCCAGUGGCGUCGUGGCACGGACUUCUCUUCGCGGCCCAGGCGAUUUCUCUCCCCAUCACCGCGACGAUCGCGCUGGCGUUGCUAUACUCCGCGACCCAGCCCAGCCGGAUGGCCGCGUUGCCGGUCGCCGCGGUGGUGUUCAUCACAGUGUGGAUCGUGUUUGCGAAGGCCUACGGCCGCGCCGCCGCCGGCUCGCAAAGCGACCCGCCCUGCCUUCUGACUUUUUCGAGGAAAGCCGAGCAGAUGACUUUCGGACACAUCAUCACCCUCGCCGCCGGCGACAACCCGCUCGGGCACGUGCUCGACAAGCCGCUCCUCGGCGACGUCAUCACGAUGAACACCCUCACGAUGGCGCUCCUCGCGGUCGCCCUCGUCGUGAUCCUGAGCGGCUUCGCGGGGCGCAUCGGCACGGGCGACGAGUCCGAGGGCAACGAGCGCUACAUCACCAAGGGUCGCUUCGCGCAGAUGUUCGAGGUCAUCGUCCUCUACCUGCGCGACACCGUCAUCCGCCCGCAGCUCGGCAAGCAGGCCAACACCUUCACGCCCUUCCUCCUCACGCUCUUCUUCUUCAUCCUGAUCAACAACCUCAUGGGCCUCGUGCCCCUGCUGGACCUCCAGCACUUCUUCGGCGCGCUUUUCCUCGACGAUCCCGGCUUCGCCGUCGUCGGCGGCACCGCCACCGGGCGCCUCGCCGUCACGGGCGGCCUCGCCGUCAUCGCCUUCAUCCUCUGGCACAUCAACUCGUUCCGGAAGAUCGGCGUCAAGGGCUGGGCGCACCACUUCCUGGGCGGCGGCCCGCUCUACCUCGCGCCGAUCAUGGUGCCGGUCGAGCUCAUGGGCACCUUCGUCAAGCCCUUCGCCCUCGCCCUGCGUCUGUUCGCCAACAUGACCGCCGGCCACGUGCUCCUCGCGGUGCUCAUCGGCUUCACGCUCAAGGGCUUCGGCUCGCUGGGCCUCGUCGGCGGCACGCCCAUCGCGCUCGUCUCGAUCCUCUCGGGCGUCGCGAUCAUGUUCCUCGAGCUCUUCGCCAUGGCCCGCCAGCCCGAGGCCUCCGGCACCAUUUCCACCAACAUGCUCAUCGCGGCGGCCCUCGUCGAGGGUGCGACCCUCUUCGCCGUCCUCGGCGGCUUCCUCGCCCUGCUCUGA